AACUCAAUGCAAGGAGGAAGCAGAGAGAAAGACAGAGGUCUUGUCAGUACCCAGCUAUGGAAAAUAAACAAACCCAAGAAAAAUUAAAUUAUUAUUAUUAAAAAAAAUAUCAAGAGAGAGGAGAACAAGAACAAGAAAGUGAGAGAGAGAGAGAGAGAGAGAGAGAGAGAGAGAGAGAGAGAGCAAGCAAGAUGAGCUAGCUAGCUCUAGCUUAGCUCCAUGAGAAGAAGAAACAGUAUGAACUAAAAAGAAAGAUCCUUUCUUCUUAACAUCUCUCUCUCUCUCUCUCUAUCCUUUUAUCAUAUCCCUCUUUUUUGAAACAGAGUCUUUGUAAAUUGAAACUUCUGGAGUAGUUCUUCUGUAUGAUUUUUUUUUAAGUAAAAGGGAGUUAUGGGCUGCUGUGGAUCCUCCUUACAGAGGGCUCACAGUCUAGGACUAGGAGCUGGUAAAAGCAACCAUAUCCCACAUCCCCAAAACAAUUUUCAAUCUCAUCCUUCUAAUGGGUCUUCUGAUCCCGCCGCCCUUACUGGUGGUGUCCCUGCUUUCUCCGAGUUCUCCUUCGCUGACCUCAAGGCUGCUACCAACAACUUCAGUUCUGAUUACAUCGUCUCCGAGAGCGGGGAGAAAGCUCCCAAUGUCGUUUACAAAGGCCGUCUUCAGAACCAGAACAAUCGCCGUUGGAUCGCCGUUAAAAAGUUUACUAAGUUGGCUUGGCCUGACCCCAAGCAGUUCGUUGAGGAAGCAUCUGGGGUUGGUAAAUUGAGGCAUAAAAGAUUGGCGAAUCUCAUUGGGUAUUGCUGUGAAGGCGAUGAGAGGCUUCUUAUUGCGGAGUAUAUGCCCAAUGACACCCUUGCGAAGCAUCUCUUCCACUGGGAGAAUCAGACCAUUGAGUGGGCUAUGAGAUUAAGAGUUGCUUUAUAUAUUGCUGAAGCAUUAGACUAUUGUAGCUCUCAGGAACGUCCAUUGUACCACGACUUGAAUGCGUACAGAGUUCUGUUUGACGAGAAUGGUGACCCUAGACUUUCUUGUUUUGGAUUGAUGAAAAACAGCAGGGAUGGAAAAAGUUAUAGCACCAAUCUUGCGUAUACUCCACCUGAAUAUUUAAGAAAUGGAAGAGUGACUGCAGAAAGUGUUAUCUUUAGCUUUGGAACUGUCCUUUUAGAUCUACUGAGUGGCAAGCACAUCCCUCCUAGUCAUGCACUUGAUAUGAUUCGAGGCAAAAACAUUCUUCUCUUAAUGGAUUCACAUUUGGAGGGUAACUUUUCAACUGGGGAGGCAACUGUGGUUUUUGAUCUUGCAUCACGAUGCUUACAAUAUGAACCUCGAGAUCGACCAAAUACUAAGGACCUGGUUGCAACCCUUGCCCCUUUACAGAAUAAACCUGACGUGGCAUCUUAUGUGAUGCUAGGAAUUCCAAAGCAUGAGGAAGCACCUCCGACUCCACAACAUCCACUCACUCCAAUGGGUGAUGCUUGUGCAAGGAUGGAUCUCACUGCAAUUCAUCAGAUUUUGGUAAUGACACACUACAAAGACGAUGAAGGAACAAAUGAGCUGUCUUUCCAAGAAUGGACUCAACAAAUGAGAGACAUGUUAGAGGCAAGGAAGCGUGGUGACUUGGCAUUUCGUGACAAAGAUUUUAAAACAGCAAUUGACUGUUAUUCUCAGUUCAUAGAUGUUGGCACCAUGGUUUCUCCCACUGUUUAUGCACGAAGGAGUUUGUGUUAUCUUCUUUGCGACCAACCGGAUGCUGCUCUUCGAGAUGCAAUGCAAGCCCAAUGUGUUUAUCCCGAUUGGUCUACAUCUUUUUACAUGCAGGCCGUUGCGCUUGCCAAGCUAGAUAUGGACAAGGACGCGGCUGACAUGCUGAACGAGGCUGCUGCUUUGGAAGAGAAACGACAAAAAGGUGGACGGGGAUCUUGAGAAUCGACCACAGUAAGUUUGCUCUUCCUGUGUUGUUCCUUAUCCGCAGUCUGCUAUUGUUGAUAGUUUUGAAACAGGAACCUAAUGUGAAGUUGCACUUAAAAUGGAAAGUCACCAACUCUGGUCAUGAAAUCAAAUUGUAACAUAGAGAGGAACUUUGUAUCUUCUCAAUAAUUGUGUUAUUUUUUCUUUCCUUUAAAAUUGGGGAAAUAUUUUCUUGGUUCUGUUUAUGUAUAAGCUUAAUACAACAUAUUUAGAUUCUUGAGUGUGCAUAAUUGUGCCACGAAGAAAAUCAGCUUUUAUUAUCAUUCAUGAUACUGGAUGAAGAGCAGGGCAACUUUAUUCCAAGUUCAAUAGGAAAAUAUUCAUUUUGAAAACAAUAUAUAUUAAUAAGAUUGUAAUCGAUGUCCUUAUAUGGCAUUUAGUA